AUGCCACCCCUCCGACGAGCAACACUCACGACUCGCAUCCUGACCUCCUUCCUCCGAAACACAACCCCCCACCGCCUCCAUUCCACCGGAACCGCACCCUCCUCCGUCUCCGCCGAUGAACUCUCCCACUUCUCCGCGCUCGCCAGCAGCUGGUGGGAUCCAAUGGGUCCUUCGCGGGUGUUGCAUUUGAUGAAUCCGCUUCGCCAUGAAUUCAUUGCAUCUUGUCUAGCUGAAGGGCCGCCGACGUAUGAUCAUCAACAACAACAAGCAGAACAAGCACAGGCGCACCUGCAUUAUCUAGACGUAGGCUGCGGGGGCGGAAUCUUCGCAGAGUCGCUCGCGCGGACAAUCCCAUCAACAGAGAAUAAGACGGUAACGCCUACCCGCGCCGCUUCAAUCACAGCACUUGAUCCUUCCUCCACGCUUAUCCAAAUCGCCCGCGAGCACGCCCGCACCGAUCCUACGGUCGAGGCGCACCUCCGUACCGGCCGGUUUAGCUACCAGAACCGAACACUCGAAGAUCUAAUCGAAUCUACCGCUACCGGUGAAAAGAAGCAAUUUGACAUCGUCACCCUCUUCGAGGUCCUCGAGCACAUCGACCCGUCUACCUCUUCGCCUCUUGCCUUCCUCACGAACUGUCUGCGUCUCGUGAAACCUGGUGGUUGGCUUGUUGGUUCGACGAUCGCGCGCUCAUUUCCGUCGUUCCUUGUUAAUCAGGUUAUCGCUGAAGCGCCGUGGCCUAUUGGUGUUGUGCCAAGGGGGACGCAUGAGUGGAGCAAGUUCGUGAACCCCGAUGAGGUGAAGGUGUGGGUGCAGGAGGGGUUGAUGAGGGGGAGAGAUGGAGCUUCUGAGAAGGCUGGGAGUGAGGCGUUGCAGGGAUCGCAAUGGAAGUGUGAGGGUGUGAUGUAUUUCCCAGGAUUAGGGUGGAAGAUUGUGAAGGGGUCGGAGGAUUGGGGGAAUUACUUCUGGGCUGUUCGGAAGGGUGUUUAA